AUGGAGAACGAUCCUCAGUUUUUAGUUUGUGAUGAGGAAAACCUCGAUGAGUCCAAAGCCUCCGCUGUAAAGCAUCGAAUAGGAGUUGGAAGCGAGCCAGCACUGCCCGUUCAUCUCGAGGAGGGCUUUGGGGCGUUACGUGCACUACAAAAACGACUUAUUGAGCAGAAUCAAGGGAUCAAUUCGACCUUUCGUGCACUCAUACCUCAAGUAGAAUCCGCUAUUGCACUAAGUUCCGUGAAGAUGACUCCGAAUGCCGCUGCAUCUUUGGGAAGUACGAUUCUAGGUGCCUAUUUAAAUACGCUACGUGCGAUGAAAAACCUCUUUAUCUUUUUGUUUGAGAGUGUUUACGUCCAUCAACUUGAGAGCUCUUUCGAAUUUCUUGAAAAGGUGGAGCAACUUCUUCAGUUUUUAGAUCGUGAAAACCAGGUCCAACCAAAUGAAAGCAAACACGAACAACAACCUUUACCAUCCUCAAGCACUGAUCCGUAUCUGAAAUUGUCGAAGGUCGCUCAUUCCACUAUUAGAAGUUUGAGGUGGCUGCCGUUACACGUGCAUCGACAACAGGGCCACUCCCUUAAGGACUUUAUCCCCUUAUAUUCACCCGGUGCCAAAGCCACGAUGGAGGCUUCUGAGGGGAGGGGGACCACUGGGGCCUCUUCAACCCUUUCGACGCGUCUUGUUGUUCCCAGAGCACAAUUGGGAGCUGGCCCGUCUCACCCGUCUAAUUCAUUUAAGGUAAUCUUUGCAAUAUCUUCAGCAUACUUGGCUCCUGACCGCGAGGAGAUUCUGCAUAUUCUGACGGAUCGUCUGCAUGCAACAGCGGUAGUUUUGCCUAAGAUGGCGAGGGAUAUGGAGGAGGCCAUGGCUAUACUAAUAGGUUGCCUUUUCCUCGUAACGCCGCUGCCUCGUGCGGAGAACUCUCGUAUAUAUUGCAUACGCAAGGAGCAGGUUGAAGAGUAUACACAGGUUCCCCCGAGGCGUAAAGGGGGCAGCGAUGCCUCGGCGCUGUGGCAGCAUUCCAGCAAAUCGCGUGCUGUCGAGGCACAUUCUGAUGUUGCGCUCGGUAUUGACGACAACGGGCUCGAUGAGGCCGAUGCUGAGCUUAAUUCCCUGUUGAGUAAACUAGAUGAAAUGCCGACCCUGGGUUUCGAUCCUAUGGGAUUCCUUUCAACCAUUCAGGGCACCCCACAAUCUCAUCAAACACAACUGAUGUGCGGUGACGGCGCUACCGCACCACCGGUGCCAGGCUCUGUGACGUUGGUAUCUCGACGCGAACUCCAGGAGUCUGCGAAUCCUCCACGAAUCUUUAUCGGCGGGAGCAGAAAGCGUACGAGCGCGCGUGCCGACUCUGCCAAGGGCACCGUGGUCAUAGAGCGGGCCAGCGCACUCACGCACACGGCGCCUUGCGAGGAUGAGACGCGUUUGGGGUCGACUCUAGAAGAGCCGGCCCUCCCAGGCGCCGAGGCCAUGCUCACGCCAGAGCGGUCCCCCCCCCUCGAGUCUCAAUUCAUCCAGUACAAACACCGGGCCGAGGAUUACUCCUACCACGACCAUGCCCAUGCGAUGCUCGAGGCGCAGGAGCGGGAUCUGUUGCAGUCGCGCCCGCCGCAUGAGUGGUUGUUCCAAAUCGGCAGCUCCUGCAAGGAGCUGCGCCGCGACUUGGUAGCGGACAUCGAGCGUCUUGGGUCUCAGGUUGACAGCGGUACGCCGUACAAUCCCCGCACGACGCAUCUGGUGGUGCUCGAAGGGAUCACGGAGCGCACGGAGAAGUAUCUUUGUGCGUGCGCUGCGGGCAUCUUCAUAGUGCCGCCGCGCUACGUGUUCGACUCAUCGCGGCGUGGCCACUGGCUGCUUGGGCGGAUGGGGGAGUACGACAUCAACCCGCGGCACAGUAAGGGGAACGUCGGUGUGACGCCGCCCCCGUUGCGGCGUCCUUUUGCGUCUUGGAGGGUGCUGCUUCUGACGAGCCAAUCCUUCGUCGCCAGCGGCAUCAGCGCCGUACUGCGGGCUGGGGGGUGCACUCACAUGCACAGCUUUGUGUUUGACGGGGGGGACCGCGCGUGCGGCGCCGGGGGCGCGAGGCUGCCGUCUGAGAGGCCGGAGGGGGAUUCGACACGACGGGAGGAGAAGCCUCACAGCGCCGAUCUUUCGGUGUGUGGCGUGACGAAGGGGCUGUGCGCGUCCAGUCAGCUGGGGGAGGAACUUCUGGGGCAGUGCUCACACAUUUUGGUGGAGUGCGAGACGGUGUCGGAGACCUCCACGACGGAUCACUUCGACCUGCCGGUGUGGUUCCCCACGCAACUCCGAUGCCCGGCGUAUUACCCCCUCGUGUUCACGUUGGAGUUGCUAUAUCACUGUCUGUGUGUGAACCCUGGUGAUCUGUUUGAUGCGGACGGGGCGGUGGUCAACGAGGCGUUGAUCAGUGAUGCAUGCCGAUUGGAGCCUUUUUCGUAG